GCCAAAAUUCUAAAAAAACUUAACUCUCUCUUUGGCUCUUAUAGCUUUAUUAUUAAACAUUUAAUUUAGAAUUCAUUCAUUAAUUUAAAUUUAAUUUAAUUUAAUUUAAUUAAUUAUUUAAAAAAAUGUUUGCGACACGAUCGAAAUUAGCGACGUAUUGUAGUCGACGUUUAAUGGUAUUACAAUCUGGAAAAUUUUCACGAAAUACACAAAUACGAAAUACGCAUAGUUCAACAGGAUUAUAUCGACCAAAACGUACAUUUCCAACAUUAUCUGUGGACAAACGUACCUUGCAAGCAGCUGCAUCAGAAAGAGUGCAAACUACAUUUACAGAACGAUCACAAUUGAAAUAUGCACGUAGAAUUGUUGUAAAAUUAGGAAGUGCUGUGAUUACUCGAGAAGAUGAACAUGGUCUUGCACUUGGACGUCUUGCAUCUAUUGUGGAACAGGUUGCUGAAUGCCAUAAUGAAGGACGAGAAUGUAUUAUGGUCACCAGUGGUGCCGUAGCAUUUGGUAAACAAAAAUUGACUCAAGAAUUAUUGAUGUCAUUGUCAAUGCGUGAAACUUUAUCACCAAAAGAUCACACUAGAGAGGAUGCUGGAAUGUUAUUAGAGCCCCGUGCCGCUGCUGCCGUAGGUCAAUCAGGUCUUAUGUCGUUGUACGAAGCUAUGUUUUCACAAUAUGGUGUUAAAAUUGCCCAGGUUUUAGUUACGAAGCCAGAUUUUUACAAUGAAAUGACUCGUCGUAAUUUGUUUAGUACGUUAACCGAACUGAUAAGUUUAAAUAUUGUUCCAAUUAUUAACACAAAUGAUGCCGUUUCACCCCCACCUCAAAUUGAUGAACCUGUCGCUGGAACACCAACAAAACGGGGACUUAGUUUGAAAGAUAACGACAGUUUAGCCGCUAUGGUUGCCGCCGAAGUAAAAUCUGAUUUGUUAAUUUUAAUGUCUGACGUAAAUGGUAUCUACACAAAACCACCAUGGGAAGAUGGUGCCCGUUUAAUUCAUACAUACACCUCAGAUUUCCGUAAUACUUUACAAUUCGGUAAAAAAUCCAAAGUUGGUACCGGUGGUAUGGACUCAAAAGUGAAUGCCGCGACAUGGGCAUUAGAUCGUGGUGUUGGUGUUGUUAUUUGUAAUGGUAUGCAAGAGAAAGCUAUUAAAAUGAUUAUUAAUGGAAGAAAAAUUGGUACAUUCUUUACGGAAUCGAACAUUAGUGCAUCAACACCAGUGGAAACUUUGGCUGAGAAUGCUCGAUCUGGUGGCCGUGCUCUCCAAAGUUUAACACCAGAAGAACGUGCCUCAGCUGUAAAUACUCUCGCUGAUUUACUCAUCUCCAAACAAAACGAAGUAUUAGAUGCUAACGCACGUGAUUUACAAGAAGCAACCAAAUCCGGUUUAGCGAAACCGUUAUUAAGUCGUCUCUCUUUAACACCCAGUAAAUUGAAGAACUUAGCUGUUGGAUUACGUCAAAUUGCUGAAGCUAGUCAUAACAAUGUUGGCCGAGUAUUACGCCGUACAAAAUUAGCCGAUGGUUUAUCCUUAAAACAAAUCACCGUGCCAAUUGGAGUACUCUUAGUUAUUUUCGAAUCACGACCAGACUCCUUACCUCAAGUAGCCUCGUUAGCAAUCGCAUCCGCUAACGGUUUAUUAUUAAAGGGUGGAAAAGAAGCCGCAGCCAGUAAUAAAGCUUUAAUGGAACUUGUAAAAGAAGCUUUAUCCACAGUUGGUGCAACGAAUGCCGUAUCAUUGGUAUCAACUCGAGAAGAAAUUGGUGAUCUUUUAUGUAUGGAGAAACACAUCGACUUAAUUAUCCCACGUGGUUCAAGUGACUUAGUCCGCUCAAUUCAACAACAAAGUCAACAUAUUCCAGUGUUAGGUCAUGCUGAAGGUAUCUGUCAUGUGUAUAUCGAUAAAGAAGCUGAUCUAAAGAAAGCCUUGAAAAUCAUCCGUGACUCGAAAUGCGAUUAUCCAGCGGCUUGUAAUGCUAUGGAAACCUUGUUAAUUCAUGAAGAUUUAAUGAAAACUGACUUCUUCUCAAGUGUUUGUAAUAUGUUGAAAAAUGAAGGUGUGAAAAUUUACUCAGGGCCAAACUUGAACAAAUUAUUAACUUUUGGACCACCGCUAGCGAAAUCAUUGAAACAUGAAUAUGGAGCACUUGAAUGUUGCAUAGAAGUUGUCCAUGAUAUAAACCAUGCUAUUGAUCAUAUUCAUACUUAUGGAAGUUCACAUACGGAAGUUAUCGUCACUGAAGACAAACAAACAGCCGAAGCAUUCCAACGACAAGUGGACAGUGCUUGUGUAUUCCACAAUGCAAGUUCCCGUUUUGCAGAUGGUUUCCGAUUUGGUUUAGGCGCUGAAGUUGGUAUUAGUACAGCUCGAAUUCAUGCACGUGGUCCCGUCGGUGUCGAAGGUUUAUUAACAACAAAAUGGGUAUUAUCUGGUGAAGAUCAUGCCGCUGCUGAUUUUGCUGAAGGAGGUGGUCGUACAUUUGUACAUGAAUCAUUACCAUUAUAGAUGCGAAGAAAUUUAAUUUAUUUUUUCUGUAAUUAAUCACAG